AUGGAUUUCUUAAACUGCCUCAACUUCCUACCUACAUACAACAUAUUUAAGUGGAUAUAUGAACCUAAUUAUGUCUGGAGGAUAGUUUUUUUGUGUUGUUUGGCAAACUUCAUUAAUGCUGCUGAUCGAGUUAUCAUGCCGAUUGUUAUAAUCCCCAUAUCAAAUCAUUUCGGCUGGAAUCUUCACCAGUAUGGUUGGGUUCUGAGUUCAUUUUCUGCAGGUUAUCUUGUCAGUAUGAUUAUUGGUGGGAGUGCUGCAAAACGCUUUGGUGGAAGUUUGAUCCUUACUUUUGCCAUCUUGUUUUGGUCCUUAUCAUCAAUUGCCACUCCAUUUUUUGCGCACUCGAUUUACUCUUUGGUAGUUUCGCGUAUUCUGCUUGGUUUAAGAGAAGGUUUAGGUCUACCAACAAUACUACACAUAUUUUCGCAUGUUGUGCCGAUCGAAGAACGCAGUUGGGCUCUUGGUUAUCUAGUAGCAUUUGGUGUUAUUGGCCAAACUGUAGCAACUUUGGUCUGCCCCCACUUAGUUUGGUCCCACUCAUUUUACAUAUUUGGUUUUAUCGGUCUUCUGUGGAUUUGUCUCUGGAUACCUGUUUUUAACGUUAUUAAAAAGGCUGAGUCAAGAGAUGAGUUUCCUGCUGAGCAAUCCCAGCCUUUUAUAUUGACUCCUCGCUGGACUGAUUUCAUUUCACAUUGGCCGUUAUGGGCAAUCUACAUUGCUCAUUUCAGUAUGAAUUGGUCAAAUUAUAUUGUGAUGCUAUGGCUGCCCACCUAUUUAGUGCGCCACCUCGGUGCAGAUGAAUCUUCAGCAAUGCUCACAGCUAUACCUUAUGUUUGCAAUUGUCUUGGGAGUGUUGUUGCUGGUCGAUCGGCUAAUAUACUGAUUCAGCGACAAUGCAGUGUACUAACUGUUCGACGCCUAAUGUCAUGUAUCGGUCUCCUGGGCCCGGGCGUGGUGUUAUUUCUGUUCUCACUGUCAAGUAGCAUAACAACAGCUAUUGUUCUGAUUUCACUUUCAAUGACGUUAUCGGCGUUCAAUUCGGCUGGGCAUUUAAGUAACCAUGUAGAUGUUGCACCUAAUCAUGCUGGAACCACAUUUUCUAUCAGCAAUUUCUUGGCUACUAUACCUGGAAUAAUAUGUGGUCCACUGACUACUGAACUGGUUGUCACAUCCGGUGGACGUUGGUUUCCGGUUUUCAUACUAGCUGGCUUCAUCAAUGUAGUUGGCGCUGUUGUGUAUGUUAGUCAGAGUGCUACAAUACAAGUGUUGUAA